AAAGUCUGGUUCAUUUUCAUCUUGGAUAUAAUCAUAGAUGGYCUUAAUGGAAUCCAGACAAGCUCCAGAUCCUAUAUUUGUAUUUCGGGGCUCCAAAUCAUCUAUAAAUACAGUUAAAUUUGCCCCAGUUUACGUGUCAGAAGUUGGGUUGUUGGUCUCUGGGUCUGUCAAAGGUGUGAUUAGUCUUUGGGAUCUCAAGACAAAAAGAAUUCAUACAAACAUUGAAGAGCACAGUGGGAAUGGUAUUCUUGGACUUCAUAUAACUGAAAAUUCAAAACUAAUAAGCCAYGGAAGAGAUGGUUUUAUCAAUGUUUACAAUCUUGCUGGUGGUAAUGCUGUUUUGGAAACAAAGUUUUCUCUUCCUGUGUUUGGAUUUUGUAAAUUUUCCGUUCUAAAAAAUGUGUCAGAUAACAGAACAUGGCUUGCUACAGCAUCAUCUACGCAGUCACAGAUUGAUAUUGUGGAUGUUGAAUCAAAAACAAUUUUACAUAAAUUAAAGCCUAGAGAUGAGAAGGGAUAUGGUAUGUAGUAUUUGCUAUCUUCUAUCUAUGUUUUUUUUUCUGUCUGUAUUGAC